GGCAGUGGCAUGGACUUAACCAGCCACUGACUGAGCCUGGAGACCCUGGUAUCAAGAAGGAGGUUCCCUCAGGGGCAGCUGUGGCCGCCCACGCUUCCCAGUAGCCCCUCUGAUCCUGAGCCCGCGGAGACGCAUCCCCAUGAAGGUGUCCAGUCAUGCAAUGCUCCUGGAAGGCUGUCCUCCUCCUCGCCUUGGCCUCCAUCGCUAUCCAGUACACGGCCAUCCGCACCUUCACCGCCAAGUCCUUCCACACCUGCCCAAUGCCCAGCCCCGUGAACUGUAGCCCUGGCCCCGGGGAGGCUGAGAUGGCUGAGCGCUUGUGCGAGGAGAGCCCCACUUUUGGCUACAACCUCUCGAGGAAGACCCAUAUCCUCAUCCUUGCCACCACCCGGAGCGGCUCCUCCUUCGUGGGCCAGCUCUUCAACCAGCACCUGGACUUCUUUUACCUUUUUGAGCCCCUCUAUCACGUCCAGUAUACCCUCCUCCCUCGCUUCACACAGGGCAAGAGCCCCACGGACAGGCGAGUCAUGCUGGGCGCCAGUCGCGACCUGCUGCGGAGUCUCUACGACUGUGACCUCUAUUUCUUGGAGAACUACAUCAAGCCGCCUCCAGUCAAUCACACCACGGACAGGAUCUUCCGCCGCGGGGCCAGCAAGGCUCUCUGCUCGCCCCCGGUGUGCGAGGCUCAAGGCCCGGUAGACAUGAACCUCGAGGAAGGAGACUGUGUGCGCAAGUGUGGUCUCCUCAAUCUAACCUUGGCCGCGGAGGCCUGCCGCGAGCGGAGCCACGUGGCCAUCAAGACUGUGAGAGUCCCCGAGGUAAACGACCUGAGGGCCCUUGUGGAGGACCCCAGGCUUAACCUCAAGGUCAUCCAGCUGGUCCGAGAUCCUCGGGGCAUCCUCGCCUCCCGCAGCGAAACUUUCCGUGACACUUACCGGCUGUGGCGGAUAUGGGACGGCACCGGGAGGAAGCCCUACAACCUGGACGUGACCCAGCUGACCACAGUGUGCGAGGACUUCUGGAAUUCGGUGUCCACUGGCUUGACCCGGCCCCCUUGGCUGAAGGGCAAAUACAUGCUGGUGCGGUACGAGGACCUGGCCCGGAACCCCAUGAAGAAGACGGAGGAGAUCUACGAAUUCCUGGGCAUCCCCCUCGACAGCCACGUGGAACGGUGGAUUCACAACAACACCCGUGGGGACCGCUCCUCCUCCAAGCACAAGUACGGCACCGUCCGGAACUCGGCAGCCACGGCCGAGAAGUGGCGCUUUCGGCUCUCCUACGACAUCGUGGCUUUCACCCAGAACGCCUGUCAGCAGGUGCUGGCCCAGCUGGGCUAUAAGGUGGCGGCCUCGGAGCAGGAGCUCAAGAACCUGUCCGUCAGCCUGGUGGAAGAGCGGGACUUCCAUCCUUUCUUGUGACCGGCGGACGACGCUGGGGACCGCGGGACCAGGGGAGGGGGCGGGGCGUGGGCUCGGACCUGGAGGACCAUUUUUAACUGUUGCCUUAUCCCCCCUCCUUCCCCAGACCCUGUCUUCGUGCCCUUCCCGCCCUUUCACCUUGCUCUUUUCUCUCUGAAAUUUGCACUACGUCCCCGAUGGACGUCACUAGAGAAUGGAGGGGGAUGAGGUGGGGGAAGGCGCCCCCGCCCACGGAAGCCGGGGCUCUCGGUGGAUGGUUAACAAUGUUUACAAAUGCCACACCCACACCUGCAGCCACACCCACACCUGCAGCCACACCCCCACACACACGAUCACACACUCACACACUCACACAAUUACAUGUGCCCAAGACAUGGAGGACACAACUUCUCUUGUCAAGUUUCCCCAGUGGAAGGGUAUUUGGGGUUAUUGUAUUGUACUUUUUGCACUUUCACAAGGUAAGAGAUUAAAAAGAAAAUGAUCUUUUCUAAUUUAUAAAUGGUGUCAAUCCCCGCCCUAUGCCACCAUUCUCCUAAUCCCCAUCUCGCUGCCUCCACCAGGGCCCCACCAGGAGCACCAGCCCUUGGCACCCCGCCCCCGCUCCCCUCCCCCCCCCCCCCCGUUGGUGAAGAGAUUUUUUUCUUUCUUUUUCUGUGAGGUGAAUGUGGAACUCCUUGUCCCCCUUGCCCCCCUUCCCCCCCCCCCCCCAGUCUGUUGCAAUAAUGUUGUUUGUCUGAGUCUUGUUGGUGGGCCUGGUUGCUGAUUGGUGUAUGCGUCUCUGUUGGUUCUUAGGGGUUCACCUGUGAUUUUUUUUUGUGCC